AACCUACCGUCUAAAGAGCAGUUGACUACAGAACACUUGACUAAAGAACAGUUGACUAAAGAACAGUUGACUAAAGAACAGUUGACUAUAGAACAGUUGACUAAAGAACAGUUGACUAAAGAACAGUUGACUAAAGAACAGUUGACUAAAGAACAGUUGACUAAAGAACAGUUGACUAAAGAACAGUUGACUAAAGAACAGUUGACUAAUGAACAGUUGACUAAAGAACAGUUGACUAAAGAACAGUUGACUAAAGAACAGUUGACUAAAGAACACUUGACUAAAGAACACUUGACUAAAGAACACUUGACUAAAGAACACUUGACUAAAGAACACUUGACUAAAGAACAGGUACAGAGGGGUUAGUGCGAGUUUUACUCUGUCAAACGCGUCGAUCAAGUAAACGCGAGUUUGUAUGGUACCAAUAGAUGGCGCUGAACAAAUUACAUACAAAUUCGCGUUAACUUGCUCGGCGCGUUUGAACGAACAAAACUGGAACUAACUCCUCAGGUGACUGAAGAAAAUUUAUGGAAAUUCCCACGAGAGUGAGGCCGCAGGCAAAAACUAGUUUAUAUACUCGUAAACAAGAGUCAUUUUUGAAUACGGUUAAAGUUAAAAAGUCUAAAGCUAUUUAUGAAAGUGUGAUUGGUUUUGUAAAUGAGAAAUUGUUAAUCAAUAUGUUUUACAUGUAAAUAUUGUUAACGCAUGUAAUUGUACAGAAAAUGUUAAAUAAGUAUAUUAUUUUAUUAAAA